UGUGUCUGCGCGAAGAUGGUGGAGGAGGAGAGUGUCCGCGUGGUUCGUUGCGGUGGCAGCGAGUUGAAUUUUAGAAGAGCUGUGUUCUCCGCAGAUUCUAAAUAUAUUUUCUGUGUGUCUGGAGACUUUGUUAAGGUUUAUAGCACAGCUACAGAGGAAUGUGUACACAUAUUGCAUGGACACGCAAAUCUGGUGACUGGAAUCCAACUUAACCCCAACAACCAUCUACAGCUGUAUUCUUGUUCUUUUGAUGGCACAAUUAAACUGUGGGACUACAUUGAUGGCAUUUUGAUAAAGACUUUCAUAAUUGGACAUAAACUUCAUGCCCUCUUUACUGUUGCCCAUGCUGAGGAUUCUGUUUUUGUUAUAAUAAAUAAAGAAAAACCAGAUGUAUUUCAGCUGGUUUCAGUGAAACUGCCAAAAUCAUCAAGCCAGGAAAUAGAAGCUAAGGAGCUAUCCUUUGUUUUGGAUUAUAUAAACCAGUCACCCAAGUGCAUUGCAUUUGGAAAUGAGGGAGAAUAUGUCGCUGCAGUCCGGGACUUUUACUUAUCUGUUUAUUUUUUCAAAAAGAAAACAACAUCAAGGUUUACUUUAUCAUCAUCAAGAAACAAGAAACAUGCUAAGAACAGUUUUACCUGUGUAGCAUGUCAUCCAAAGGAGGACUGCAUAGCAUCUGGUCACAUGGAUGGCAAAAUUCGUCUUUGGAGGAAUUUUGACAAUAAUAAGAAAUACACGUACACGUGUUUACAUUGGCACCAUGAUAUGGUUAUGGAUUUGGCUUUUUCAGUAACAGGCACCAGCCUGCUGAGUGGCGGUCAUGAAUCUGUACUUGUAGAGUGGCGUGAUGCAACCGAGAAAAAUAAGGAGUUUCUCCCCCGUUUAGGAGCUACUAUUGAACAUAUCUCAGUCUCACCUGCAGGAGAUUUGUUCUGUACAUCUCACUCUGAUAAUAAGAUAAUAGUUAUUCACCGAAACCUUGAGGCAUCUGCAGUAAUUCAAGGCCUAGUGAAAGAUAGGAGUAUCUUUACUGGUUUGAUGAUUGAUCCAAGAACUAAAGCUUUGGUUUUGAAUGGAAAACCUGGCCACCUGCAGUUUUAUUCUCUCCAGAGUGAUAAGCAGCUAUACAAUUUAGAUAUUAUACAGCAAGAAUAUAUUAAUGAUCAUGGUCUGAUACAAAUUGAACUAACAAAGGCUGCAUUUGACUGCUAUGGUAACUGGCUUGCAACGGUGGAACAACGGCAAGAAAAGGAAACUGAGCUUGAAUUACAAAUGAAACUGUGGACAUUUAAUAAGAAGACACAAAGGUUUGUUCUUAACACAAAGAUUAGCAUGCCACAUGAAGACCACAUCACAGCUCUCUGUUUCUGUAAUGCAGAAAAAUCUGAAAACCCCACCUUGGUUACAGCUAGUAAAGAUGGUCACUUCAAAGUGUGGAUAUUAACAGACGAUUCUGAUAUAUACAAAAAAGCUGUUGGCUGGACCUGUGACUUUGUGGGUAGUUAUCACAAGUAUCAAGCAACUAACUGUUGUUUCUCUGAAGAUGGCUCUUUACUAGUAGUUAGUUUUGAGGAAAUAGUCACGAUAUGGGAUUCAGAAACAUGGGAACUUAAAUGUACAUUUUGCCAACGAGCUGGGAAAAUAAGGCACCUUUGCUUUGGGAGAUUGACGUGUUCAAAGUAUCUUCUUGGUGCUACUGAAAAUGGCAUUCUUUGCUGUUGGAAUCUGCUGAGUUGUGCAUUGGAGUGGAGUGCAAAAUUAAAUGUUAAAGUUAUGGAACCUGAUCCUAACUCAGAGAAUAUCGCUGCAAUCUCUCAGUCUUCAGUACAUUCAGAUUGUAAGUACAAACCAUACUUUCAUAGUAAGAGGAAAUUUGUAUAAUUUAAGUCAAACUUGCCUGCAAAUCAGAUGUCAUUUGGAGCCAUUUUGCCUGAGGCACUGCCCUUCCUUUCUUGCUCUAGCACCUUGUUAUUUGUACAUUCAUGGAUAGUUCUGGGAGAAUUUCCAUUCUACAAUUUAUCUUUUGCAUCAUUAAUUGAUCUCUCUUUUCAGAGUUUAUUGACAUUCAGUACAAAAUCUCCAGAAGAAAAACUCACACCGACAAGCAAACAGCUGCUAGCAGAAGAAAGUCUUCCAACAACCCCAUUUUAUUUCAUAUUGGGAAAGCACAGGCAACAGCAGGAUGAAAAAUUAAAUGAAACUUUAGAGAAUGAAUUGGUACAGCUACCCUUAACAGAAAACAUACCUGCAAUCAGUGAGCUUCUUCACACUCCAGCCCAUGUGCUGCCAUCUGCUUCUUUCCUGUGCUCCAUGUUUGUAAAUUCGUUGCUGCUAUCUAAGGAGACUAAGAGUGCUGAAGAAAUUCCUGAUGAUGUAGAUAUGGAAGAAGAAAAAGAAAGUGUCAAUUCAGAUGAAGAAAAUGAUUUUACUGAAAAGGUCCAGGAUAUAAAUAACACAGAUUUGCAAGAAGAUGUUAUACGUCAGUUGUCAAAAUCUGAAGAAAAAGAACUGAGAAAAUUUAGGAAAGUAGACUACAGCUGGAUAGCUGCUCUUUAGGUCUUGGAUUGGGGAGGGUUCUUGCACUUUGUGGUUUUUAUUGUGUGUUUAUACUCCAAAACAUUUAUAUUAAUGUUAUUUCUGUUCUUAAAAUAAAAUAUUAAA